AACCCCUUGAAAACCCUAGACCUGAGCAACUAACUGAGGGAGGGAAAAGCAGAAAAAAGGAAUGGGUUUGGGGGUGAGAGUGUAUAGCGGAGAACCUGUCCUCGAUAGUGAGAAUGGGGAGGAGUUGAUGCGUGUGCAACCUGGCGUAGACAUAGUGUUGGGCAAUCUUCCUCGUGAGUCACACGGCACGCUCUAUAUUACUACCAAGCAAAUUAUAUGGUUGAGUGACGUAGACAACACUAAAGGAUAUGCUGUUGAUUUUUUAUCCAUAUCACUCCAUGCUGUCUCAAGAGACCCAGAGGCCUACCCUGUUCCUUGUUUAUAUACCCAGAUUGAAACAGAAGCAGAUGACGAGGAUAAUUCCGACAACUCUGAUUCAGAAUGCAAUGGUGUCCAAGAUUUAUCCAACAUCAGAGAGAUGAGGCUCGUUCCAUCUGAUCCUACUCAAUUGGAUGCUAUGUUUGAAGUUUUCUGUGAGUGUGCUGAGCUUAAUCCAGAACCAAAUGAUGAGGAAGGAGAAGAGCAUGAUUGGGUUUUCAGCGCUGAUCAGAUGGAAGAUGAAAAAGCAGGUAUAUGUGGGGGCUUUAAACUUGAGGAAGGUUAUAUCUCUCAGAAUCCAGCCAACUCUCUUGGUCACUCAAAUGGAGACCAUGACCUAGCUCGUACGGUACUUGAGCUUCAAAUCAAUGAUCAACGGUUUGAGGAUGCAGAUGAGAUCGAGCAUGAUGUAGAUGGCACCCAUCGUUGAUGCCCGUGUUUUCCUCAAAAUUGCAUAUUCUAGUGUUGUCCAAAAGUCAUACCAAGUGUUUGUUAUGCAGUCCUGUUCUAUAUAUGUAAACUAAACAUUUGACUAGAUGCGUAGAGUGGUUUACUUGAACCUUUUUCUCCUUUUUCUAUAUAGAAGAAAGCAGCUGAAUAUUGACUAUAAAGCUGUGAUGCCUCUUUAUGUGGGAGAAAUUUCCGAUGCCGAUAGGAUUUGCAACUUUGUGUAUAACCUCGUAGCAGGUUCAGAUAGAACCAGGGUCAUUCAUUCAGUAGACUUAACCUUGUUUGGAUUAUUUAUGGAGAACUGUUUUGCAAUCAGUUUCGCUACAGCGCCCG